AUGUCUGCGCGAUUUUCGUCCAAAGUCACCAUUCCAAUUCCACACCCAGUAGAACCAGGUUCCAUCUCUGGUAUUUUGGAACAGUCGGACUCGCCAGGGACUCGGAAGUUGCUACACGGAAGGAAACUCGCAUUGAUUCUUCAUGGAAUGUUCGGCCUUUUUUUAGCAUGUCUUGAUUAUCAACUCUUCUACCCGGAGGGCGCUUCGAAUCGCCUGGCAUAUGGCGACUACUCCCGCUUAGGGUACGAGAUUGAUUUGGUGAUUGGCCACUCGCGUGGCGCAAUACUCGCUGUCCAGUGGCUAUGUACGACAGAAUAUGUAAAAAAUGUUUCAGGAUUCGUGAAUAUAUCUGGGGGUCUUCGUAUGCAGGAUGCCUACGAAUUUAAUGAAGGCACAUGGAUGAGAAACGUCUCCGCUCAAGGAUAUCACCUCGUGGACCUCAAGUCCUUCAAGGCAAAGGUGUAUCAUGAAGACUUUGAUAACUAUGCCAACUUUGACCUCUCCAUGUCAAUGGUCCAGGAUAAAUUUCCCCGGGCUACUGACGUUCUGACUAUUCAUGGGCUUGCGGACAAGACUGCAGCAGUGUACAAUGCAUUGUUAUAUGCGAAAACGCUGAGCAAGCGAAACCCCGGGACGCAUUCUUUGCAUCUUAUGGAGCAUGCAGACCAUAUUUAUACUGGGCGACAUGCAGAGGUUAUACAGACCAUCUUGGGUUGGUGGGAUGCUCACUUGAAAGGAACGCUCCAGUCGGGAAUUUGGGCGGGGCCAGAAUCUGGAGAUAUACCUUAUACUAUUGACAUAUUCUUGGGAUCCUUAUCCAAAUAUGAUUACGGCUCGACAGCCUUGUGGAGGAGGACUGAAACUAUUAUUCAGUAA